GAACAAGUAAAGAAGACAUUCCACUCAUUGGGGAAUUUUAGAUAUCUAUUGUUUCUGUAUUCUAAAUCGGUUAUUAAGUUGCUAACUUAUAGAAAUUUGCAGAAACCUAGAUAUCUGCAUCGAAGAUUUAUCGACACCGCAUCCAAUAACAGGUGAGAGAUCUCUUCCAAUUUGAACUACUGCUACAGCAAAUUCUUGAUUUGAACAGAUUGGAAUUUUUUACAACAAUCAUGUCUUUCACCAUAACCAAUUCUAUACUUAUUUUCACCACUGUUUUUAGCCUCUUCCAAGCCCCAAGUUUUGCAAGCAAACCCCAUUUAAUCAAUUUCCGGUCACCCAACCUUUAUCCUGAGUCUAUGUCAUGGGACCCAACAGCCCAGCACUUCCUCGUUGGCUCCCUCCGCUAUCCAACCCUCCUAUCCGUGUCUGAUGCUGGUGUUGUCAACACCCUUGUUUCCGACACUUCCCUCCCUGAAGACUCUUCCUUCCUCGGCAUCACUGUGGAUGUCAUCCGUAACCGUGUGCUAGUGGUGGUCCACCCCCGUUCAGAUCCUUCCAAUUGUGCCCUUGCAGCCUAUGACUUACGCACCCCCCACCGUCGUCUCUUUCUUGCCACACUCCAUGACCCUGCAUCCACCACCUCAUCGUCUGGAGCCAAUGACGUGGCCGUUGAUUUCUCUGGGAACGCCUUCGUGACCAACUCCGCCAGCAAUUUGAUCUGGAAGGUUGAUCUUGAAGGUAAAGUUUCUGUUUUAUCUGAAUCCAAAAUCUUCAAAAAAACACCCGUGGACCCUACCACGCCCUACAGUUCGUGUGGGCUCAACGGCAUUGCGUACUCUAGUAAAGGCUACCUCCUUGUUGUUCAGUCAAAUACCGGCAACUUAUACAAAGUCGAUUCCGAAGAUGGAACAGCAAGAAAGGUUCAAUUAAACAGGGCAUUGACAGCCCCUGAUGGGAUUGCGAUUAGGAGUGAUGGUGUUCUUUUGGUGGUGUCACAAUACAAGCUAUACUUCAUCAAGAGUUCCGAUAGCUGGAGUGAUGGUGUGGUGUAUGACGAAACUGCCCUUGACUCGGACAGAUUCCCCACCUCAGUGACCACAGGAGCAGAGGACAGGGUGUACGUGUUAUACGGUCACUUGAAAGAAGGAAUGAUGGGCAAUUUACAAAGGGAUCAAUUCAGUAUAUUGGAGGUAAGGUCAGAGGAUGAGAGCGGAGAUGAGGCGAUUUGGGUAUACGUUCUUAUCGGUUUUGGUUUCGCCUAUUUCUUGUUCUGGAGAUUUCAGAUGCGCCAACUUUUUUCAAACAUGAACAAGAAAAUCACGUAAACCAUUUCAUUCAGUUUGUCGGUUACAAGCACGAUGUUCCCGAGUACAAACUUCAAAUUUGCAUAACGAGGACACACAACAAAAGCUCCAGUUCUUCAGGUAUGGUUUCCUAGUUCUAUGAAAAGAACCUUUUACAUUAUUAUGCAUGAAGCCAUAUGUAUUCUCUGCUGGUUUUCAAGUUUAUGGUUUUUUAUAGAUUUCUUGAUAGAUGCUCUUUUUGGUAACUUUCUAGGGCAGAUAUUUUUGGAGAACUUCUAUUUUUAGAUAAUGAAAGUUAUUUGUAUGUUUAAU